CACGUCACACCGAAUGUUUUGGUUUUGUCAUCCUACCAUGCAAUGCGAGGCGCGAAUACUGAAAUAUGUGAAUUUGAGCUAGCUAACGUCACCGUUAGGUAAGUAGUGAAAUUAUUACGUUUGUUCAAAUUUAAACAUCAUACGAUUACAGAGUCAUUGCAUAUUUUGAUAGCUGUCUGUCUAGCGAUGUAAUUGACUGUCUAGCAACGCUAAGGCGUUAGCAAGCUGGCAGUCUAUUACCAACUCGACUUUGCUUGCUAGCCAAAUAAACGAUUGGGUUGUUAGCGAAUGGUUUUGAGCUAACUAACGGUAGAGAGCUCUAGCUAGUUAAAUAUCGUAACUAUAGCCCGUAAAGUGUUCAAUUUUUAAGAAAUUCAAAUAAAACCCCUCUUCAUCCCAACCUAUCACAACACAACAUAAUAGCGCCUCUUACAUAUCCGCGCACGCGCCGAUGCUAGAUUUAUAUUCGUAUAAAUUAACGUUACAAUAUAUAUAUAUAUAGAUAUAUAUAUAUAGAUAGAUAUAUAUAUAUAGAUAUAUAUAUCCUGCAGAAGCCCAAUCAAUGUUCAUUUCUGACAUGACCAAGAAUCUGAAGAGGUUUGCAGAGUGAGAAAUACUGUUAGAUAUGGUCUUUGGUGUGUGUCAGUCUUUUAACCCUAGGUGGUGCUGAUGGCUAGUUAGUGGUAGACUACUAUCCAUACAAGACUGAGAAGUGAUAAGAGCGUCUGCUAAAUUAUGUAAAUGUGAGUGGGCCAUAGAGGUAAAGUGACCCAGGUCUGCCUGUUAAAUAGCCAUCACUAGCACAUUAGAGGCUGCUGCUGCCUAUUGAAAUCACUGGCCACUUUAAGAAAUGGAACACUAGUCCCUUUAAUAAUGUUUACAUAGCUUGCACUACAUUUUAGUCAUUUAGCAGACGCUCUUAUCCAGAGCGACUUACAGUUAGUGAAUACAUAUAUAUUUUUUAUUUAAAAAUUCAAACUGGUCCCCCGUGGGAAUCGAAACCACAACCCUGGCGUUGCAAACGCCAUGCUCUAUCAACUGAGCUACAUCCCUGCCGGCCAUUCCCUCCCCUACCCUGGACAACGCUAGGCCAAUUGUGCGCCGCCCAUGAGUCUCCCGGUCGCGGCCAGCUGCGACAGAGCCUGGAUUCGAACCAGGAUCUCUAGUGGCACAGCUAGCACUGUGAUGCAGUGCCUUAGACCACUGUGCCAUCUCAUCUCAUAUCUAUAUACUGUAUUCUAUAAUAUUCUACUGUAUCUUAGUCCAUGCCGCUCUGUCAUUGCUUGUCCAUCUAUAUAUUCUUGAAUUCCAUUCCUUACUAGAUUUGUGUGUAUUGGGUAUAUGUUGUGAAAUUGUUAGAUAUUACUUGUUAGAUAUUACUGCACUGUCGGAGCUAGAAGCACAAGCAUUUCGCUACACCCGCAAUAACAUCUGCUAAACACGUGUAUGUGACAAAUAAAAUUUGAUUUGAUUUGAAAGUGACUAUGCAAAGAUAAUAAACAGAGAGUACCAGCAGUGUAAAAAUGUCAGGAAACUUGGCCCCAGUGAUGUAGUGCCUUGCGGUCGAAGGCCGAGCAGUUGCCAUACCAGGCGGUGAUGCAACCAGUCAGGAUGCUCUCGAUGGUGCAGCUGUAGAACUAUAUGAGGAUCUGAGGACCGUACGCACUACCCUCUGUAGUGCCUUGCUGUCGGAGGCCGAACAGUUGCCAUACCAGGCAGUGAUGUAACCUUUUUGAGGAUCUGAGGACCCAUGCUAAAUCUUUUCAGUCUCCUGAGGGGGAAUAGGCGUUGACGUGCCCUCUUCCCGACUGUCUUGGUAUGUUUGGACCAUGACAGUUCGUUGGUGAUGUGGACACCAAGGAACUUGAAACUCUCAACCUGCUCCACUACAGCCCCGUCGAUGAGAGUGGCGUGCUCGGCCCUCCUUUUCCUGUAGUCCACGAUCAUCUCCUUUGUCUUGAUCACGUUGAGGGAGAGGUUGUUUUCCUGGUACCACACUGCCAGGUCUCUGACCUCCUCCCUAUAGGCUGUCUCAUCGUUGUCGGUGAUCAGGCCUACCACUGUUGUGUCGUCUGCAAACUUAAUGAUGGUGUUGGAGUCGUGCUUGGCCAUGCAAUCAUGAGUGAACAGGGAGUACAGGAGGGGACUGAGCAUGCACCCCUGAGGGGCCCCCGUGUUGAGGAUCAGCGUGGCAGAUGUGUUGUUACCUACCCUUACCACCUGGGGGUGGCCCGUCAGGAAGUUCAGGAUCCAGUUGCAGAGGGAGGUGUUUAGUCCCAGGGUCCUAAGCUUAGUGGUCCUCUGUAGCGCAGCUGGUAGAGCACGGCGCUUGUAACGCCAAGGUAGUGGGUUCGAUCCCCGGGACCACCCAUACACAAAAAAAAAAAAUAUGCACGCAUGACUGUAAGUCGCUUUGGAUAAAAGCGUCUGCUAAAUGGCUUAUUAUUAUUAUUAUUAUUAUUAUUAUUAUUAUUAUUAUAGUGAUGAGCUUUGAGGGCACUAUGGUGUUGAACGCUAAGCUGUAGUCAAUGAAUAGCAUUCUCACGUAAGUGUUCCUUUUGUCCAGGUGGGAAAGGGCAGUGUGGAGUGCAAUAGAGAUUGCGUCAUCUGUGGAUCUAUUGGGGCGGAAUGCAAAUUGGAGUGGGUUUAGGGUUUCUGGGAAAAUGGUGUUGAUGUGAGCCAUGACCAGCCUUUCAAAGCACUUCAUGGCUACAGAUGUGAGUGCUAUCGGUCGGUAGUCAUUUAGGCAGGUGUUCUUGGGCACAGGGACUAUAGUGGUCUGCUUGAAACAUGUUGGUAUUACAGACUCGGUCAGGGACAGGUUGAAAAUGUCAGUGAAGACACGUGCCAGUUGGUCAGCGCAUGCUCAGAGUACACGUCCUGGUAAUCCGUCUGGCCCUGCGGCCUUGUGAAUGUUGAGCUGUUUAAAGGUCUUACUCACAUCGGCUACAGAGAGCGUGAUCACACAGUCGUCCGGAACUGCUGGUGCUCUCAUGCAUGCUUCAGUGUUGCUUGCCUCGAAGUGCGCAUUGAAGUAAUUUGUCACUGGGCAGCUCGCGGCUGUGCUUCCCUUUGUAGUCCGUAAUAGUUUGCAAGCCCUGCCACAUCCGACAAGCGUUGGAGCCGGUGUAGUAGGAUUCAGUCUUAGUCCUGUAUUGACGCUUUGCCUGUUUGAUGGUUCGUCUGAGGACAUAGCAGGAUUUCUUAUAAGCGUCCAGGUUAGAGUCCUGCUCCUUGAACGCAGCAGCUCUACCCUUUAGCUCAGUGCGGAUGUUGCCUGUAAUCCAUGGCUUCUGGUUGGGGUAUGUACGUAUGGUCACUGUGGGGACAACAUCAUGAAUGCAUUUAUUGAUGAAGCCAGUGACUGAUUUGGUGUGCUCCUCAAUGCCAUCGGAAGAAUCCCGGAACAUAUUCCAGUCUGUGCUAGCAAAACAGUCCUGUAGCAUAGUAUCUGCGUCAUCUGACCACUUCCGUAUUGAGCGAGUCACUGGUACUUCCUGCUUUAGUUUUUGCUUAUAAGCAGGAAUCAGGUUGAUAGAGUUAUGGUCAGAUUUGCCAAAUGGAGGGCGAGGGAGAGCAUUGUAUGCGUCUCUGUGUGGAGUAAAGGUGGUCUAGAGAAUUUUUUUUCUCUGGUUGCACAUGUAACAUGCUGGUAGAAAUUAGGUAAAACAGAUUUAAGUUUCCCUGCAUUAAAGUCCCCGGCCACUAGGAGCGCCGCCUCUGGAUGAGCAUUUUCUUGUUUGCUUAUGUCCUUAUACAGCUCGCUGAGUGUGGUCUUAGUGCCAGCAUCAGUUUGUGGUGGUAAAUAGACAGCUACGAAAAAUAUAGAUGAAAACUCUCUUGGUAAAUAGUGUUGUCUACAGCUUAUCAUGAGAUACUCUACCUCAGGCGAGCAAAACCUUGAGACUUCAUUGAUAUUUGAUUUGGUGCACCAGCUGUUAUUGUCAAAUAGACACAGACCGCCACCCCUUGUCUUACCGGAGGCAGCUGUUCUAUCUUGCCAAUGUACGGAAAACCCAACCAGCUGUAUGUUAUCCAUGUCGUCGUUCAGCCACGACUCGGUGAAACAUAAGAUAUUACAGUUUUUGAUGUCCCGUUGGUAGGAUAGUCUUGACCAUAGAUCAUAGUUUGUUUUCCAGUGAUUGUACGUUGGCCAAUAGAACUAAUGGUAAUGGCGAUUUACUCACUCGCCUACGAAUCCUAACAAGGCACCUCGACCUUCUCCCUCUGUAUCUCAGAGCAGUAUAUCCUUCGCGUCGGACUCAUGAAAGAAAACAUCUUCGUCCAGUUCGAAGUGGGUAAUCGCUGUUCUGAUGUCCAGGAGCUCUUUUCGGUCAUAAGAGACGGUAGCAGCAACUUUAUGUACAAAAUAAGGUACAAACAAUGCGAAAAAACUAACAAAAUAGCACAGUUGGUUAGGAGCCCGUAAAACGGCAGCCAUCCCCUCCGGCGCCAUUGUAUUCCAUUAUUAAAGUGACCAGUGAUUCCAUGUCUAUGUAUAUGGGGCAGCAGCCUCUAAGGUGAAGGGUUGAGUAAUCGGGUGGUAUCCGGCUAGUGAUGGCUAUUUAACAGUCUGAUGGCCUUAUGAUAGAAGCUGUUUUUCAGUCUCUUGGUCCCAGCUUUGAUGCACCUGUACUGACCUCGCCUUCUGGAUGGUAGCGGGGAGAACAGGCCGUGGCUCGGGUAGUUGAUGUCCUUUUUGGCCUUCCUGUGACAUCGGGUGCUGUAGGUGUCCGGGAGGGCAGGCAGUGCGCCCCCGGUGAUGCGUUGGGCAGACCGCACCACCCUCUGGAGAGCCCUGCGUUUGCCGUACCAGGCUGUGAUACAGCCCAACAGGAUGCUCUCAAUUGUGCAUCUGUAAAAGUUUGUGAGGGUCUUAAGGGCCAAGCUGAAUUUAUUCAGCCUCCUGAGGGUGGGCCAUUUCAGAUUGUCAGUGAUCUGCAGACAACCGAAGAAAUUGGUGAUAUUGAUAUAUUGUUGUCAAUUGUUGUUGUUUUCACAUUAUUACAAUUUCCCUGUGACACAAAUCUCAUUUAAAUUGAGUAUUUCUAAAAGAAUGGCAUAAUUUUCAUCUGAAUUCUGAAUUUACCCCACUGCAUUGGAGUUUAUCAUCAUUCAUUGGGCCUGGAUAGUUGUGAGUUGCGACAAUUAACUAUUAGCCUAUACUAAACCCUCUAGAUAUCAGGCCAAGUGUAAUUAUUUAGGAUAUCCUUAGCCUUGUACAAAAGGAUGCUUUACAUUCAGCUGUUUUGGAGAAAACCAUAAAGACCUGACUGUUAUACAGUGAGGGAAAAAAGUAUUUGAUCCCCUGCUGAUUUUGUACGUUUGCCCACUGACAAAGACAUGAUCAGUCUAUAAUUUUUAUGGUAGGUUUAUUUGAACAGUGAGAGACAGAAUAACAACAACAAAAUCCUGAAAAACGCAUGUCAAAAAUUUUAUACAUUGAUUUAUACAGGUAACGAGCUGAGAUUAGGAGCACACUCUUAAAGGGAGUGCUCCUAAUCUCAGCUUGUUAACUGUAUAAAAGACACCUGUCCACAGAAGCAAUCAAUCAAUCAGAUUCCAAACUCUCCAACAUGGCCAAGACCAAAGAGCUCUCCAAGGAUGUCAGGGACAAGAUUGUAGACCUACACAAGGCUGGAAUGGGCUACAAGACUAUCGCCAAGCAGCUUGGUGAGAAGGUGACAACAGUUGGUGCGAUUAUUCGCAAAUGGAAGAAACACAAAAUAACUGUCAAUCUCCCUCUGCCUGGGGCUCCAUGCAAGAUCUCCCCUCGUGGAGUUGCAAUGAUCAUGAGAAUGGUGAGGAAUCAGCCCAGAACUACACUGGAGGAUCUUGUCAAUGAUCUCAAGGCAGCUGGGACCAUAGUCACCAAGAAAACAAUUGGUAACACACUAUGCCGUGAAGGACUGAAAUCCUGCAUCGUCCACAAGGUCCCCUGCUCAAGAAAGCACAUAUACAUGCCUGUCUGAAGUUUGCCAAUGAACAUCUGAAUGAUUCAGAGGAGAACUGGGUGAAAGUGUUGUGGUCAGAUGAGACCAUAAUGGAGCUCUUUGGCAUCAACUCAACUCGCCGUGUUUGGAGGAGGAGGAAUGCUGCCUAUGACCCCAAGAACACCAUUCCCACCGUCAAACAUGGAGGUGUAAACAUUAUGCUUUGGGGGCGUUUUUCUGCUAAGGGGACAGGACAACUUCACUGCAUCAAAGGGACGAUGGACAGGGCUAUUACCAUCAAGUCUUGGGUGAGAACCUCCUUCCCUCAGCCAGGGCAUUGAAAAUGGGUCGUGGAUGGGUAUUCCAGCAUGAUAAUGACCCAAAACACACGGCCAAGGCAACAAAGGAGUGGCUCAAGAAGAAGCACAUUAAGGUCCUGGAGUGGCCUAGCCAGUCUCCAGACCUUAAUCCAAUAGAAAAUCUGUGGAGGGAGCUGAAGGUUCGAGUUGCCAAACGUCAGCCUCAACCUUAAUGACCAUCAUCAAUCAAUCAAUUUUAUUUUAUAUAGCCCUUCUUACAUCAGCUAAUAUCUCGAAGUGCUGUACAGAAACCCAGCCUAAAACCCCAAACAGCUAGUAAUGCAGGUGUAGAAGCACGGUGGCUAGGGAAAAACUCCCUAGAAAUGACUUGGAGAAGAUCUGCAAAGAGGAGUGGGACAAAAUCCCUCCUGAGAUGUGUGCAAACCUGGUGGCCAACUACAAGAAACGUCUGACCUCUGAUUGCCAACAAGGGUUUUGCCACUAAGUACUGUCAACAUACAAAAUCAGCAGGGGAUCAAAUACUUUUUUCCCUCACUGUAUGUGCCUCGGCUCCUGGGUAUGGCAUGGGAGUGGAGUUAAAGAUCUUAAUAGCUGCAGGCUACAACAUUUGCCUUGUCUCUGCAAAGGCAGGUAGGAGUGUGUCUGCGUGCGAAAGUGUUUGUGCGUGUGUAUGGGUGUUUACGUGUGUGUGUGCUCCUAUCAGUCUGACUGUGUGUGUGUAGGCUACAGGUAUAGGGAUAGUGUUGCUAUUCCUCUGAGCCACCCGCUCCCUUCUGUUUUCUGGCAAGACCAGUUUAUAUUUGAUCUGGAAAACCAGCUCUUCCAGUUGUCCAUGCCAACAAAUUGUGGUCUGAUCCCAGCCAGGUCCCUGGGAAUGCUCAAAACCUGCCUGGCCAGUUUCCAUGAAAGGCAUAUUGGUUUGUCAUUCGUGAUGGUUCAGUUUGUGUAGCGUUGAGCACUGGAGCAGCAUACUACUAGUAUAGCCCAAUGUGGAAGCAGCAGUUCUCUGGUUUCCUCCUCUCUAUGAAGUUUGGAUCUGUUGGGUGGCUUUUCUAUGCAUUGAGGACAAUGACUGACAGUUCGAUCUAAUGGGGUGAGUGAACAAGGCUCUUUCAUUCAGUUUGAUACAGGAGGAAUUGCGCAUGGUGAAUGUCAAUGACCGUUUUACUUGUCAGUCAUUCAUUUUUGCUAAAUCCUCAGCUAGCCUAUCCCAGACAGUUGAAAUGUAGCCUAAGUCACCAAUAGCAUAAUGCUGUAAAAAAAACACACAAAAAAAAUACUAAUUAAUGAACUGUGAGUAAUUAUAUGAAGUAGGUUAGGAUUACAGUGUGAAAUUGGCUAGUUUGUCAUGUCUGUGCUCAAUAAUGGGAAAAAUUGAUUAUUUGGCUUUAGUGAUUGGAUGACUUAAUGAUUAUUAACCAAUGGUGAUUGAGCCAAUCUGACUGUACCAGUAUGGGAAGAGAGAGGAAAGAGUAGUGAAGGCAAGCUUCAACUAGUGUAUGUGCUGGCUAGCUACCUUGCUACCUUGCCUUCAAACCCUGAUUUACAUUUUUGUUUAGGCCUAGGCUAUAUUUGACUGCCCGCUGGGAAAAAAACGUGCCUUUUAGGAUUGGAUAUGGUGAAAAUGGGACUAUACGAGCGUGCCCUGGAAUGCAGUCACUUCUUAGUGCGUACAUAAGUAAAAUACUGGAUUUAUUACCGGUACCAUAUUUUACCGGUAUUGUAGUGGCCUUUCAGUGCAUUCUUUUCCCAGAGAAUGCUAAAUGAGAACUUGUUCUCAACUGGCUUACCUGGUUAAAUAAAGGUGAAAUAAAAAAAUUAUAAAAAACUGGCAACAUGUUGGCACUAGCAGCAGUAAAGAUGCACUCUGCAACAGUUUCCUCUAGGGGCGCAUCUUUGAGUAAAGGAGGUUCCUCUCUUGACACAUCGUACUCUGUUUCCUCUGUCUCUUUUGCGCUCUCUUCCUCUGUCAGAUUUUCAGGUUUGGUGCUGAAUGGAGUUGUAUUGGCUGAGUGAAGCUACCAACCAGUAAGUGAGUGGAUGAUGAGCAGUCCUGUGUUAAGCGGGAGCAGCCCGGGCUCCAGCGGGGCUUCGGAAUCCACUGACCUCUUCAGGGACCUCUGGGGUCGACUCAAAGACUGUCACGAUAGUGCACUGCAAGGUAGGCCUACUGUCUACAUGGUAGGAAAUCUCCACCAAAACAACCAAGACUAGGUGCCAGUAUUAAAAUAAAUAAUUCAACAAUCCCCUUUUUUGAUCCUGUGUUUAGGUUUGCAAACCAAAGUGAACAAGCUGAAGAAGGAGCGAUAUUUGUGAGUACAGUCAUUUGAAUUGACCGUUGUGUUGAUGAUCAAUGAACAGAAUCUGAAACUGAAUCUAUUCUGACAUUCAACAUGUCAUUCCAAAGUGUGAUUAUUGUUUUGUGACCCCACUUAAGUUGAGACUGUUUCUCAUUGAUUCCCUGUCAGUGUCUCAGGUUUCAAAUGUCACUGAGCAAGUCAGUCUCAGAAAGGCCUCUUUCACACUCAUUAUUCAGUAGGACAGCAUAGAAUUAGGGCCCUAUUCAUUUCCCACGGGGGGCCAGUAUAAAAAAAAAGAUAUGUAUUCACUGACUGUAAGUCGCUCUGGAUAAGAGCGUCUGCUAAAUGACUAAAAUGUAAAAUGUAAAUAAGUCCAAAAAUAUAUAAGUCCCUCACCCUGUAGAGAUGCCCAGAGACUGGAGGAGUUCUACAGCAGACACCAGCAGCUGAGGGAGCAGCACAAAACCCUUCAGGACACCGUCACAAUUCUGGAGGACAGGUACCGCAUCUGUCCUUUCUCUCUCUCUCCAUCUGUCUCUGUGUUGAACACAGGAAAAGUGCUGAAGGUGUCGGGAAAUCCAUCAACUCAUGAGUCCCCUUUCUGUCUAUCUCUCUGUGCAGGCUGCGGGCAGGCCUGUGUGAUCGCUGUUCCGUCACAGAGGAGCACAUGAGGAAGAAGCAGGUGGAGUUUGAGAAAGGCCGUCAGCAGAACAUGCGCCUCAUCGCAGAGCUUAGUGAGUUCUACAUCAUUCCCUCUCUCUUACACAUACCCUACAUUCUGUAUCUGAGAUUCAUUCACCUCCAUACUGGUCUCUCUUUUACAAAGUACAUGCAGCUCCUACGCUUUUGGCUACAGUAGGACAUGAUUAUGGCUAAGGUUGGGGGCCAUCAGUGCCAGGAAGUUCACAAGGGAACUCUCUCCCUACCACCCCAUCUCUCUUUAUCUCUGUAACAGGUUCCCUUGUAGCUCUACACAUCACACAAUAUAGCCUUUCUCUUUUUAGCCAGGUCUGUGGGUAGUGGGGUUGGGAGGAGAGUCUCUUUUUACAUUGAUGGAAAUGGCAAACCUGAAUGAUCUGUUUGUUUCCUAUGUUAUCGCCCAAACGUUAUAUUCCUCCGCGCUCACAAUAGGGAUGCAGUUCUUUCUCUAUACCACUAGUGCUCUGCAAAGACCUAUCGUUGCUGUAGUAGGACUUCAUGAUUUUGUUGUUCAGUUAAAAUGUCAAGAAAGUGUUCUUAUUCCCCCAUUAUUUACUCUACUCACCGCUGUGGUUUGUUGUGACUUCCAGUGACUGAAAGGAACACCCUGCAGGAUAAUAACAGAAAGCUGAGUCUAGAGCUGGACAGGAUGAAGGGAUCUCUGUGAGUUAAAACCAUCCCCAUCCGCCUCACAUAGGCACAUUGCAGUACUUUUGAAUCUAAACCAAUAUUCCUCUUGCACAGCAGGAAAGCAUGGUUGAAUAAGGGGGUUCUCACUUUGAUCUUAAUAUGUUAUAUUACACCACAAUGGCCAUUAUAAUUCUGUGUUAUUUCUGUUUGGUUUCCAGCUCAGCGUCUCCGGAGCCAGAGGAGGGGGUGAUCCCAGACUCUCCGCUGCAGCAUAUCUCCCUGCCUGUUGUGAGCAAGAUGAGGAGGAGGAAGGAGACCAACCAUGUCCGCUACGCCGAGAAGCCCCUGUCCCAAUCCCAGAGCUCAGCACUCAACGGUCUGCUUCAUACAAAUAAAUGUACACAGAUACAGCACUCAAAGGUCACCCUCGGUAUCAAACACACAUGCAGGUGUGCGCACACUCAGUCACACACACACUCACUCUUAGGGCUCCCUUUUAACAUACCUAACGCAAUGGUAAAUCUUAGCGCUGAUGGUAGCGUUAUAGGUUCGGGGGUGUCAGAAAUAUUUGUGCUAUUUUCACAACCGGAAUUAUGGACGCAGUAGCUGGCUGUGGCGCGAAAGGGCUGGGUUUUGAUGAAUAAACAAGUUGUGUGUGUUGAGACUUGGCCCCUCACUGGCCAAUCAGAACGUGUUCUAUGGCUAAAUAUAUGGUUGCUUCUUCUUAAAGUUGUGUAUUUACAGUCUUUUAAUGUAUUGCGUUUAUGUAUCCAAUUUGAAUGUUAGUCCGUUAUAGCCUAGUUCGUUAAAUAGCCUGCCCCAUAUUUGCUAAAUAUGUUGAACAUGUUUGCAGUCCAUUGUUCUAAUUGCAUUGCUUCAAUAUGGAAAUACAUUUGUUAGACAUAGGCUAUAGCAUUUGCACUGAUAUAGGAGCUAGGCCUACUGUAAACUGCAAUCUGGACAUGCCAAACGUACUCAAUAAGCAAGAUUAAAUUCACUAGGCUAUUGAAGGCCUAAAGUGUAUCAUUCUAAUAAUAAAAACGAAACAACUUGUUUUUAAAAUGUCUAAAUACAGUUACAGGCACCGUAAUUGCUCCCCGUGGGCGUAUAAUACAGACAAGGCAACUUAGACAAUGGAGGGUUUUACGCACAUCCAAACUUUUCACAGGAGCUGGAUAAAGAUCCAAUAUAGAGGUUGGAAUUUCCACUUACCUUUAUACUGCUCACAAAUGUAAUGUUUUAUAAACAUCAUGGAACCAUCUUACAGAUCAUCAUAUUUGCACUUCUCCAGAAAUAGAAGACGAAAUUGCAUUGCAUUCGAGCCAUGUACAUUCUCACCAUAAACCCAUGGACGGUGAAUCUUUUUAAUAAGUAGACUUUUAUUAAAAACCAAUCUGUUUUUUAAACCUCCAACAAUAUUUCUAAAUAGGAUCGGUCAGAAGCAUGAUAUCAUAAUCCUCUUCUCUCAUUCCAUGGCACUGUGUGCACACGUAGGCCUAAAUGUCUUUACACAUAACAUUCGCAAGUUUAUACAAAAUACUAGGCCCCUGUCAAUUGUGUCAUUGCCUAUUUGCAAGGCAGAUUCUAAAGAAAAUCUGUAUAGGAGGAUUGAAUAGUUUGGAGGAGCGUGUCUUUGGAAAUUGGACAACGGGCGCUCUUUGAAAAUGGGUAUGGAUAGCCUACUUGAACAAGCGAAAUGCAGGUAUGUGAAUAAUGAAAAAGCAUGAGGGAAAACCCCUCAAAUUUGUUGACGCACUCUCAGUACACCAUUUAAAACCCCUUUAUUCAUAGGCUACUUUUGGCUAAUGGGUAAAAGGACGCACCAAUGCGAUGCAUCUAAACCAGCCUUGAUUAAGGGGAUGGUAGGCUAUGCUUGGUUUUUAAAGCAGUCGUUUUUUAAAUGUUUCUAAAUAUGAGAUUCACCAGCAAAAAAGGCACAUCUCACCUUCCAAGGGCACUGUGCAUCAUGGCUGGAUACACUGUGCUUCCGCUCUCAAAAUCCAUGCCAUUAUCAACUGCGUUACCGUUAAGACCUGCUUUUUGUGGGUCUUACAUUUUCCCAUUAGUGUGUGGGUCGUGUAUUUUCCCAUUAGCGCUGCAUGAAACGGUCACUUUUGCGCUUGUUUUUAAGGACACACCUCAAAUAUUGCCACCCCUCCCACCUCAGCACAAGCGAGCUGAUGUUUGACAGGUAAUUGCCGAACCUGGGAGUAGGCCUGGAAAAAUUUGUCUGUUUUUACAUGACGAAAUUGCGUUUGACACUUGCCCCUCCUUAGCACCUGCCAAAAAUAGAGCCCUUAGUUUCUUACAAGACUCAGCUUCAUAGACUUCAUUGAAGUUCUAUUUUUUUUCUGUAAUGGUAGAACCAAGGAAAGGAUUGCCCUCCCAAACCUCGGAGAGCCAAGGAAGAGGCAUACUGGUGCCUGAAACGUGUUACAUGGACGCCACCCAGACCCAACGUAAGGCCUGAUGACAUGCAAUUGUAAUUAUGUUGUUGCCUCUAAAAUGUCUUUGAGUGUCUUGAAAAGCGCUGUGAAAAAUCACAGUAUUCUUUUUCUUGUUGAUUUAGAGGACAACAGCCAGGGUCAUGAAGGUGCUGUGGUAGCAGAGACUUGUUGCCUGGAUCUCCCUGAUGAUCCAGUGCCUAACCCCCAGAGACAGGGCCGCUUCGGCACCACCACCACAGAAAACGUCUCCCCAUCCCACCUCCCUGGCCUGAAGCUCAGUCCUGCUGACAGCCUGCAGCGCCACCUGGAGGGGAUAGCCCACAUCACACCUCUUAGAGCCACCUCCACCCCAUGUGGCCUUUCUCACCUGGUCAUGAGAGGAGAGCUGGAAAGAGGGAAGAGGAGGAGGAAAAACAGCGAGGAGGAAGAUGAGGUGAUUGACAAGCCUCUGGACCUGUCCGACUCCCCACAGAAGGCUCUGGUGCCUCCGUUCAAUGCCCAGAGAGGUGGCAGCGUCCCUGGGGCAGAGAAGCAGGACAGAGGCCAGCAGCACCACAUCCUAUUCAAGCAACCCUCCACCCCACCAAGCGAUGAACGAUCCAAAAAUGUGCCACUUAGUGACCAGGUAGUCUUGCUUAUUCCCGUAUUUUUCUUAACACAUUAUACAAGAGGUUGUACAGGUAAAUGCAUCAUAUUCAAGCCUUGUUAUAGAUGGGUUAAUCUCUGAAACCCAGAACUAAAGUUUUGCGUAAUUGUGUCAGAUGCUUGAUUAGGUUCUGGGGGAAGAUGUAUGAGAAAAUAUACUAAUGAGACUAGCAAGUCUCCACCCCGUAAAGGGAAACUCUCACCCAAAGCCCCCCACCCCCCACCCCUUCGAAAAACGUUCCACUCGAAGUCAUUGCUUGAAAGUCCCGCCCCCACUUUGAGCACCACCUUCACCCAAUCCUAAUGUGUCCAAAUAACCAGUGACGGAAAACAAAAGCACCGGAACACCUCGUUCAUCUUCGCAUCCCACAGUCUUUUGAGAGAUGUUAAAUACCAUUUAUGUUACGUGGUCUGUCCAUGAGAGAUUAUAGAUAUGUAGAUCAAGAGCUCUUUUUUUCUUUGAAACGUUCACUCAUCUUAUGCAUCAACAUACUGCUGUACCUGAAUAGCCAAAGCCACCCCUGCUUUGCUAUUUGUCCUUUAGACCCACAAUGUCCACGAGCCAAUCAGAAAGCGGAGCCGGGAGCGGCCUGAGGAUCUGGAGAAGACCUCUGUCCUGCAGGCCAACCCCUGUGCUCGGGUGAAGAGGAGCCCUCCGCGGGACAUCAACGGUACUGCAUCCACAACACUGCCCUCAGAUGCCCCUGAAACACCACUGUGGAGCGAUUUCAUUGCCAACAGAUAUUGUAUUUAAAUUAUUUUAAAAUUCUAAUGAAUUAAUUGAAUUCAGAAAUGUAACUUGUAUUUAAUGAUUUGAAACUGAAUUGAAUAAAUAUUUCAUUCAGUUUAAAAAUUCAAUUUCAAUUUAAUUGAAUAUUCAAAUUAAAUAUUCAUAUAUUCUGUUUCAAUGUGGUAGAUAUUGCAUUCAUUGUCUGUGUAUCAAGUUUACAAACUAUAAUUUCAAAUGUAUCAAAGUUUCAUAUAUUCAACUUCUCGGAUGCAUUCAGAUUCAGUUUUCAAAUUCAGUUCUCUAAAUUCCGAUUCAAAACCAGAGACAGCAUCCUGGUACUUUGCCAGCAGCUUCUGAACCCAAUGUGGCAUGUUACAUGUAUUUUCUUCCUAUGAAGGUGGAGGAAUGGCUUAUAGCCAAAACGGUUCAAACGCUAGAGCCAAAUUCAUAGGAAGAAAAUACAUUUAACAUGCCACAUUGGCUUCAUAAACCGCCAGAAGCUACUGUUUACUACAGAGAGCGUUUGAUUCUAUCUGUUCUCCUCCACCUUUCCUGGCUGGCAAAGUACCAGGAUGCUGUCUCUGGUUUUGAAUCGGAAUUUAGAGAACUGAAUUUGAAAACUGAAUCUGAAUGCAUCUGAGAAGUUGAAUAUAUGAAACUUUGAUCAAUUAAAAAUGAUAUUUUGUCAACUUGAUACACGGAGAAUGAAUGCAAUAUCUACCAUAUUGAAACUGAAUAUAUACAUAUUGAAUUUGAAUAUUGAAUUGACAUUUUAUUUUAAAACUGAAUGUAAUAUUAAUUCUAUUCAGUUUCAAAUCAUGAAAUACAAGUUCAAUUUAUGAGUUCAAUGAUUCUAUUUGUGCAUUACAAAUACAACAAAUAUUAAAUUCAAAUGCAAUAUCCUAAUGCAAAUUCAAAAUUAUGGAAUUCGAAUACAAUUUAUGUUGGCACUGAAAUCACUCCAUACUCCACUGGGAAAAGGUAUUGUGUUGUAAAUGUACAUAAUUAUCAUUGAUUGAUACAAAGAUUAUAAUUUUAUUUCAUGAACGGCACAUUUCGAUUGACUGGCCCUAAGCAGAAUCUAAGCAAGCAAUUUGAAUAUAAAUGUCAUAAUGUUUAAUUUCCUACCCUUUUUUAGCCAAGCUAAUGCCAGCAGAGCAGACGUGUAGCCUGGACCCAGGGGCAGCCCUCUCCCAGUAUGAUGUAGACACCCCUAUUCUAGGAAAGGUAGGACAUUCGCCAAAUUCAUUUGCUACUUUCCUAUACCCUCUAGCUGUUUCUGAUGUGUAUACUUGCAGUUCUUCACGUGUGUGUGUGUGUGUGUGUAGCCCCACGAUGAAGGAGUGACGGUGGAUAUGGACUGCACCUUUGUCAGCCACAGCCUGCUCCUCCGAGGAGCGCCAAGAACCAGCUCUGAUACCGGUACAGCUUACUACUGUUUCACACUACAUUUUGAUACAUUCCCAACCAUAGUAUUUUAUUUCAAAUAUGGCAAAGAGGAGAUAGCCAUGCAAUGAAAUCCUUACUUUUACCUUUCAAGUUGCAUUAGAUCUGUGAUGAGAGGAAAGACGGAUAAAAGUAUUUGAGCAGGACCCAUAUAAACGAACCAACCAUGUAACCAGCCUUGAACCCUUCUUUUAGGGAUUGGCCAGAGGGCCAACGACAGCUUGGCUGAGAUAUUUGACAAAACAGGCUAUGGGGAGUACGAGUCAUGUCCUCAGUAUGAUGGCUCAUAUCUGCAUCAAGAGGAGCCCCAUCGUCAGGAGGAGGGGGAGGAAGAGUUUGGUGAAGUGGAGGAGGAAGAAGAGCAUGAGGAUAGUAAGGAUUUUACACUGUAUUUUCUCUAUUUAUUAUCUUGGCUACUUGCUUCCUUUAUUUUACCAAGCAAAUUGGUUGAGAAUGACCACAAUGACCUGGUCAAGGAGUACAAUACUUGAGAUGAAUUUGUAAUUUGAGCAUUCAUUGUUAAGCAUUAAUAUCAACUUUUUAGUGUCCUCUUUAUUUCUCUCCUCAAAAAGCACACAUGCCUCAACCUGGAAUGCCCAAUGGAGAACAUACAGAAGAACUUAAAGACAGGUGAUAUCAUAAUCAUCAGACUAGCAGAGAACAAUGUUUGUCAUGCUAGGAAAAGUUUCUAAAGUGGCGUCUCCUGAGUGGCGCAGUGGUCUAAGGCACUGCAUCGCAGUGCUAGCUGUGCCACUAGAGAUCCUGGUUCGAAUCCAGGCUCUGUCGUAGCCGGCCGUGACCGGGAGACCCAUGGGGCGGCGCGCAAUUGGCCCAGCGUCGUCCAGGGUAGGGGAGGGAAUGGCCGGCAGGGAUGUAGCUCAGUUGAUAGAGCAUGGCGUUUGCAACGCCAGGGUUGUGGGUUCGAUUCCCACAGGGGGUAUGAAAAUAAUAAUGUAAGUCGCUCUGGAUAAGAGCGUCUGCUAAAUGACGUAAAUGUAAAUGUAAAUGUAAAAGGUUUCUUUCCCUCUCGUUGUGUCCUGUAGUAAAACAUUAUCGUUUGCACACGUGGAGGUGGUCCGCAAGAAGGCUGAGAGGAGGAAACUCAAGGGGCACACAUGUAAAGAGUGUGAAAUCGUGAGUUGACUUGACAUGGAGCUGAUGUGCCGGUCCAUGGUUGUGUUCAUUAGGCACCAAAAGGAAGAAAACUGACAAACAGGGACCUGAACUUAAACGCUCAUUUUUAUUUUCAGUUUCAAAAGAAAUUAACACGUUUUGCACUACUGAACACGACCCAUGAUUUGUGUCAUUGAGCUAACAUAUCUAAUCUCACUCAGUACUACGCAGACCUUCCAAAGGAAGAGAGGGUGAAGAAGUUGUCGGCCUGUUCUCGGCACCGAUUCCGUUAUAUUCCUCCAUCAACCCCAGAAAACUUUUGGGAAGUCGGCUUCCCUUCAACACAAACCUGUGUGGACAGAGGUAUGCUACCCUAUUCAAUUUGAUCCAUUCAACAGGUCACAUGGUCAUCAAAGCCAUAGUAGCUGAUACUGUAGUCAUGUAUUAAUUCAGCAUUUCCCAAAAUAGGGGUUGCGAUUCCACGUGGGGUAGCCUGAUUUGAAAAUGGGGUGGCGAGAGAAACUGAAAACAUUUGAACAAUUUUGUUAUUUCUACACAGAAGAUAAUACACGAUUACAUGAUCUUCCCUGAUGUUUCCUGAACUUCCCAAUAUCUCUCUGAUGCAUUUCAGUCACGUCAAACCAUACCUCCUUUAGUUUGAAAUACUGUCAAAAAUAGACAGACUGAAUUGUAAUAUACUGACAUAGCCCCAAGUAAAAAAGUAAACACUGGCUGUUGAUUUUUACUCUUUUUUCACAGAGUAGUGCAACUUUUUCUGAAAUCAAAGUGGGGUUGUGGGCCACAGAAAUUUGGGAACCCAUGUAUUAAUUAAUUGUGACUAAUCAUGUCUAAUCACUGAAUUUACAUAUUAUUUUUUAUUCGAGAAGUGCAUUGCUUUUGUCCCAGACUUCAAUAAGGGGCGUUUUCCCCCUUGCUUCUAUUCAGAUGUACUAGACGUCCAACUCCACUUAAUGAGUUUAACAACAUUGUGCUUCUUGUUUGUCCUACUAGGUUAUAUAAAAGAAGAUAAUGAUCCAGAGCAGCGCUUAAGGAGGAGAAGGCCUUACAAUGCCAUAUUCUCCCCCAAAGGCAAGGAGCAGAAGACCAUAACCAGUAGGGGGAAAUAAAUGCCCAAUCAAACGUACUGUAAAACUGUAUUUAAUUUUCACGGCAACAUUGAAACACUACCCCAGUAUAGUAAUCCUAGUGCCUCAAAGGAAUAUGUGUGCCUUUUUAGUGCUUGUUGUGUGAUAUAUAUAUCUAUCCACCCAGACACAUUCUUAUAAUUUUAUAAACAAAAUUGAAUAGACUCUGUCAGGUCUACAGAGUAAUCCAAUGUCCUCAUGGAGUGAAUACAGAAUAUGCUGCAAAAAACCUCUGCUCAGUUGAAACUAGUAUGCACUGUUGACCACUAGUGUCGGUUUAUUUUCAUUUGGUGUAUUUGUAGAUAAUUAUAUAAUUUUUUG